ACUCGUGGGCUCAGAAAAAUGGAGCAAGAGGUCAGCUUGAUCCCUCUAUAAACAGCGUAUUAACCAAAGCAUGAAGCCAUCAACGCUAGACAAAUCGCAAACGCACAUAGAGGACAAUGGGGGUUGUGGUGACAAGGUCACCGUCAGUGGUGGUGAGGCCAUCAGAGCCGGAGCCGACGGCGGCGACGAGCGGCGCCGGCGGCACCAUAAAGCUCUCGUCUUUCGACAGGGUUUGCGCCAUGGUGCCGGUCACGGCGUUGCUCGUGUUCGAGCAUCCCAUCCGCCAGGCCGCCGAGACCAUAAAGGGAGCGCUGUCCCGAGCGUUGGUCCCCUACUACCCUAUCGCCGGUCGCAUUGCUGCAGGGCCCGGCGGCGACGAGGUCCACAUCCAGUGCAGCGGCGAGGGCGUGGCAUUCGUCGCCGCCUCCGCGAACUGCGCCUUGAAGGACGCCGAAUUCUUCGCCCGAUCGCCUGACACGAGGACGCCGCCGCUGGUGGAGGAGCUCGCCGUCUACUACCCGGCCGAGAGCUGCGGCCCCGCCGACCCGUUGCUGCUGAUGCAGGUGACAGAGUUCUCCUGCGGCGGGUUCGUCGUUGGCGUGACCUGGAACCAUGGCGUCGCCGACGGCAUCGGGAUGGCCCAGUUCUUGCAGACCAUCGGCGAACUCGCGCGCGGGUCGCCGUCGCCAUCGCUUGCUCCGGUCAGAUGGGACGAUUCGCUCCCCAGCCUCCCUCUGCCCACCGACCAGACCUACAAGCCGUUGGGCCUCGUCUGCCUCGACAUCACCGUCCCCUCGAGCUCGAUCGACCGCAUCAGAGCUGAGUUCCACGAGCGCUCCAAUGGCCGCCGUCGGACUUGCACCGUGUUCGAGGCGGUCGCCGCCGUGCUAUGGCAGUGCCGCACUCGCGCGAUCGCCUCCAGCCCGGAUUCUCUGGCUCUGCUCACCUUCGAAGCUAACGUGCGUAAGCAUGUGAACACUAAGGAUGGCUACUACGGCAACUGCGUCGCAACGCAGCGAGUCGUGGUGACGGCGGGCACGGUGGCGAACGCGGACGUCACCGACCUGAUCGAGAUGAUCAAGCGUGCCAAGGAUGGGGUGAGCGACCAGCUGCUCGCCAAGAACGACGGCCACGGCCACGACGACGACGACGACCCGCUGCGCGCCAUGGUUGAGAACCAGCUCGACGAGCUCCGGUACAACGCGCUCCACCUGUCCUCGUGGCAGAACGUCGGCUUCGAGAAGGCCAACUUCGGCGGCGGGACGCCGGAGAGGGUAACGUGCUACAUGCAGCCGUCGGUUCAGGGAUGGCCGUGUUGCAUGGUGUGCCUGCCGUGCAAAGGGAAGGACGGGGCCAGUAGUGUGUUCUCAGUCUGUGUCAGGGAGGAGCACACAGAUGCCUUCUUAGGCGAGCUUGCAAGGUUUACGUGAUUCCAUGUGCAAGAUGAAAUAAUCAUUAAUGAGUACUCCCUCUAUUUAAAAUUAAAGAUGAAAUGUCAUGAUUGCGUUGUGACUUUUUGGGAAUUUUAUGAAAAAACUGCAAAGAGCCUCCUUGGAAUUGGAGCUUGAA